AUGUAGAUUUGUGAGAGGAUCUCUGCACCAGUGUUUUUUUUCUGGACUGGAGGAUAUGGUGGACGCCAGUCUGCUGGAAGCCGUUUUGAUGGACACAAUUUUUUAUUGAUGAGAAAAAGAAAAGUCUACUGCAAGAUUUUUUCGGAUUUUUGCAGAGGGAUGGGACUCAAUCACUUCUUGUUUCUGCUGUUCUGUGCAGCCGCCCUCUCUGCCUCUUCAGUUUUUGGUUUAGAUGAGAGCAGCGAGGCGUUCAAGUGGACCAGGCAGAGCCUCCCGGUGCUGCAGGACACACACACAGAGCUUUUAAGCCCUCCUUUGUUCAGAGGGCAGGAGGAGGACAAGGCGAGAGGCGGGACAGAGACACUCUGUGGAAUAGAGUGUCAAAGCAAACAACCACCUGUGGACCAGACAGAACAGGAGAGGAUACUGGGAUAUGAGACAAUGUAUGAGAACGGCACUUGCACACACACAGAUAUCAGUUUGAAGGGUUUUAACAAAACAUCUGCAGGUAAACCAGCACGUUCAUCAGCUCGUACCCGCAGGAGACGGCAGGUUUAUGGAGCAGACGGGCGCUUUGUCAUCUCUGACUCUCAUUUUAUCACCAACUAUCCUUUUUCCACUGCUGUCCGUCUCUCCACAGGCUGCUCUGGAGUCCUAAUAUCCCCAAAACAUGUGCUAACAGCGGCUCACUGCAUUCACAACGGGAGAGACUACCUAGCAGGUGCUAGAAAUGUUAGAGCUGGGGUGCUACAGCUCAAAACCAAGAGAAGAAGAGGAGGGAGAAGGAGAGGAGGGCGACAAAGGGAUGGGAGGAAGGAAGGAGGAAUGGAGGAAGCUGAAGAGCAGAAUAGUGUAGAUGGAGAUGGAGAGAGAAGGAGAAAGGGAGACAAAGGCAGGAGGCGCAGAGGAAGAAAGGAGGAUGAGGAAGGGGUAGCUGAUCAUGGAAAUGUAGAUGAGUUAGCGGGUGAAAGACGAGGGAAACCGAAAAGUCUCAACCGUGUGCAACGUAACGCUGAAAACAGGAAGCAGCCUGUUUUUCGUUGGACACGUGUUAAACAAAUGAAAAUCCCUCAAGGGUGGAUCCAAAGCAAGAGCUCUUCCAACUCAGUGUCCUCUGACUACGAUUAUGCACUCCUGGAGCUGAGACGACCCCUCAAACAGAAGUACAUGCAGCUCGGGGUGGCGCCCUCAGCAGCAUCCCUAACACGCAUUCACUUCUCAGGCUAUGACACAGACAAAAGUCUACUGGACGGGCCUGGACAUGAGAAAGUGGUGUAUCGUUUUUGUUCAGUGUCAAACGAGUCCGACGAUUUGAUUUACCAGCACUGUGAUGCGAAGGUGGGCGCUACAGGGGCGGGUGUUUACAUUCGUCUGAGACAGGAAGAGGGAGACAUGGGGAGGAAAGGGAAGUGGCAGCGGAGGGUGAUUGGAGUGUUUUCAGGCCAUCAGUGGGUGGAGGUGGAAGGGGGUGUGCAGAAAGACUUUAAUGUCGCAGUGAGAAUUACUCCACCCAAAUAUGCCCAGAUCUGCCACUGGAUCCACGGAGAUCCAAGUCACUGUAAAGAGGUGUGACUGCAAAGCGACUGAUUCAAUGAUACGUGUCAAGCUAUGUCCAAGCUUUAAAAAUAAUCUGAAGAUAAAAGUAGGACCUAAACCGCUUUGUACACAGAAUCUAGAGUAACAUUUGUUUUUUUUUGGCUUAAAACCUGAAAACUGCAGUGUCAUGGCUACCCAAAAUGUCUUUCAUGAAGCAUUUAAACAUCCAAUGGCAUGCCUUAGUCAUGGCUGCAUCACAGUUUUGUACAACAUAAAGAAAUACUGAUCUGUGUAGGUCUAUAAAAUGUAAGUGUCUUAUAAAAGUGUGUGAUCUUUUUCAACAGACCCCAAAAACACAUUUCAUCAUAUGAGAUUACAUUGCCCUUUAUAAAAUGAUCAGAAUCACAACAGAACAAAAAUCGAUAUAGUACACCAGAAAUAUGUUUUUUUAUUCCUCUGUUCCAGGAUAUUACCCAUAAUGCAACUUAAUGUCUAACAGUUUGUUAUGUUUGUAGCGGCUAAUGAAUCCCAAGCUGCUAGCCUUGGGCAGAUAUGAGGAGUGGGCCGCAGAUCCUGAAAGCCCUUCUUUAAAACUCCACUCUCACGGAUUUUUUUCAUUUUCAGACCCGCUCUGACAUCACCAGAGGUAUUAUUUGUUGCACCCAUGCCCUUGUUUCUGGAUCUAUGACCUUUCCCUUUCCCAUUCCCAUCAGAUGUCUGCGGUCUUUUGAAAACCAUGUGCAGUUAAUAAUCGUGAAUGACUCAAAGUGUUCUCACCAGAUGAAACUGUAAAAAAGAAAGGAAAACGUUACUCCUAUUAUGCGUAUACAUUGUCUGUGUUUCUCAAUUUUGUAUGAAAGCAUUCAUGAGUAAAUCCAGUGCUAUUUGUGUUAAAUAGUAGGUUUACAUAACAUAAAGAUUUUCUAUUGUUAAAAGUAAGUGACAUUAUGUUAUUGCAAUGUAUGUCUGUUACUGCGCUUAAAGGAUUUUCAUGCCACAAACACAUUUUCUUUUUUGAUGCUGACCACAAAUAAAACUGUUUUCAAACAAGCAGAACAGAGAUAA